AACGCGGGAAGGAGGGGCGGGGCUUCUGGUGGCGGUAGGGAACUGGGGGAAGGCGGUAACAUUGUUUCAAGUUGGACAAAUUGACAAGAGCGAGAGAUACACUGCGUUCCAUCCCGACCUGGGGCCACGGUACUGGGCCCUGUUUCCCCUCCUCGGCCCCCGAGAGCUGGGUGCCGCUUUCUGCAGGGUUCCCAGGCCCCCGCUCCAGGGCCGGGCUGACCCGACUCGCUAGCGCUUCAUGGAGAACUUCCAAAAAGUGGAAAAGAUCGGAGAGGGCACGUACGGAGUUGUGUACAAAGCCAAAAACAAGGUGACGGGAGAAGUGGUGGCGCUUAAAAAAAUCCGCCUGGACACUGAGACGGAGGGUGUACCCAGUACUGCCAUACGAGAGAUCUCUCUGCUAAAGGAGCUUAACCACCCUAAUAUUGUCAAGCUGCUGGAUGUCAUUCAUACAGAAAACAAACUCUACCUGGUUUUUGAGUUUCUGCACCAGGAUCUCAAGAAAUUCAUGGAUGCCUCUGCUCUCACUGGCAUUCCUCUUCCCCUCAUAAAGAGCUACCUGUUCCAGCUGCUCCAGGGCCUAGCUUUCUGCCAUUCUCAUCGGGUCCUGCACCGAGACCUCAAACCUCAGAAUCUGCUUAUCAACGCAGAGGGGGCCAUCAAGCUAGCAGACUUUGGACUAGCCAGAGCCUUUGGAGUCCCUGUUCGUACUUACACCCACGAGGUGGUGACUCUGUGGUACCGAGCACCUGAAAUCCUUCUGGGCUGCAAAUACUACUCCACAGCUGUGGACAUCUGGAGCCUGGGCUGCAUCUUUGCUGAGAUGGUGACCCGGCGGGCCCUAUUCCCAGGAGAUUCUGAGAUCGACCAACUCUUCCGGAUCUUUCGGACUCUGGGGACCCCAGAUGAGGUGGUUUGGCCAGGAGUUACUUCUAUGCCUGAUUAUAAGCCAAGUUUCCCCAAGUGGGCCAGGCAAGAUUUUAGCAAAGUUGUGCCCCCCCUGGAUGAAGAUGGACGGAGCUUGUUAUCGCAAAUGCUGCACUACGACCCCAACAAGCGGAUUUCAGCAAAGGCAGCUUUGGCUCACCCUUUCUUCCAGGAUGUGACCAAGCCAGUACCUCACCUUCGACUCUGAUGGCUUUCUCAAGCCCCUACUCCCAGUCUCACCCUCUCCUCCAGUGGGGGCAUGAUCUGGCUUGGCCCAGGGCUCUUAGCUCACUGAUCUUGUCUGGCUGCCUUAGCACUCACCUGCCCCUCUUAGCCAGCCAACUCUGGGGAGAGGGGGUGGAGGGGAGAAAUAGGUGAAAUGGAAAGGAAGCGUCAAUAUUACAUGCACUUAAUCUGCACCAUGCUCUCCCCUUCCUCUUAGUCAUUGCUUAGGAGGGCUGGUAUUUAAAAAAAAAAAAAAGUUAAAAGACUGUUUCUCCUUCCUCCACAUAGGGUUUGCCAUCCCAGUCUCUGAAAGCCCCGCAAUUAUUAUUUUCUGUGUUUCAGGUGACAGAGACCCCAAACCUCCCACAGCCCUGUGUAAGGCCAACUGAUAGCAGGGGCACUAAGUUGGAACUUUUGAAAACCAAGCAAAACAAAAACAUGGCGAGGGGUCUGUUUUAAAGAAUUAGGUUAAAAAAAUAGAUCCAACCAGUUUAUACCCUAGUUUUAGUGCUUCAUCUCACCUAACAGUCUGGGAGACUCAAGACUCCCUGUCUCAGACUCCCAGUCUCUGCAGUCCUGGUGGGACUGCAGUAGAAAUGAUUGCUCCUAGUCUUCUUGCCUGUCCCUCCUACAGGCAAGGGGUCUCUGGGAGGCUCUGGGUCAGGGACUGUGCUUCACUGAGGCCUUAUGAGGCAAGUGAAAGAUGUUUGAAUUUUUCUCUUCUUUUUAAGAUUCUUAGUUCUUCAGGUGCUAGGUUCCAUCUCCCUCUGAAGGCCAGCCCAUAGGAGUGAAAGUUAAGGUUAAGACCUCAUUUUGAGAAUGCUGACACUUUUUUAGGGCUGUGCCUGAGUGGGGACAUUGGGAAAAAAAUAUUUCUUUAAAAGAAGGAUGAACAAUUAUAUUUAUAUUUCAGGUUAUAGCAGUUUUUUAAGUGGGAAUCGGUGGGGAUUUGUUGCCAUGUGCACCUUGGGGUUUGUAACGCGAAUGUUCAAAAAAAAAAGCUUUUUUUCUUUUUUAUGAUUUUGUCUCUCUUCUCCCACCUUUUGUCCUUGAGUGUUCUUGCUAUUAACAUUAUUUGUAAUUUAGUUUGUAAUUGAUUAAAAAAAAAGUUCCUGGUUUUAUA